GGAGGAUUCACACUUCCUGAUUUUAAAGAUGUAUGAUAAAUUAGACAUCAGAUAUUUGAAUAUUUUUCAAAUUAAAAAUACAAAUACUAUCUUUUAAUUUAGUAUGUGCUAUAGAGAAUUAGUAGAAAUUGUCUUAGCUUUCAUUACAAAUUUCUCAACCCACUCUUCUUGAUUUCAACUUUAUACCUUAAUGCCAUUUCAGAAGAUCUACACAUAGAUAUUUUUCUCCAAUAUUUACGAUGACAGGGAAUUCAUUAUAUGUCACUCUUUAAAUAUUUUAACCUAAUUAAUGACCUCAACAAAAUACUAUCAGUUUUCCUUCCAAUUUCUAGGUUUUGUAAGCACCUCCCUUUGCUGUACAUAUCUCUAAAAGGACACAAGUCAUUUGAAAGAUUCUUAUACUAAUUAAAAACUUGAAUACAAAGAUAUUUUACCUACAAUAUCUAUAUACCCAAAGCAUGGCUUAAGUUUGGAUCUAAAUGAUCUAAAAAGUUGUUUGCCUCUCCAGAUCCACUGAGGUAGAUAAAAGAAUGAAUUCUGGAGCCACACAGUAACAGUCUGAAUCCUAGCUCUGCCAUUUCACGCGAUGUAUGACUAUAAGUAGGUUAUUUAUGAGGGAUAUUUUUACUUAAUCCCUUCACCUUUUUCACCCAGCCUCCCCAACUCCCUGCCCCUCUGACAGCUGUCAGCCUGUUCUCUGUAAACAUGAGUCUGUUUCUAUUUUGUUUUGAGCAGGUUAUUUAAACUGCUUGUGCCUCAAUUUCUUUGUUUAUAAAAUGUGUCUAAUAAGAUGCCUAUGUCAUAAGGCUUUGAAGGGGUAAAUGAACUCAUGUAUGUAAAAUGCUUAGCAUAAAAAUCUGGACUAUAAUGGCACAUAUUUGUUUGGAACUCUUUAACUUGAAUCUACCUAGAACUUGGUUACCAUAUUAUGAACAAUUUGCUCUUUGCUUUUCCCAGGAGAUUUGUUUUUUAUUUAUAUCUAAAACAAUAUUCUUUAUUUUUCAGUAUGUUUUAAAUUUUACUUAAUGUUGAUAUAUAAUGUAGCUCCUCUCAUUUGUCUUAAAUAUGAAAUAGGAAAUAAUUCUAAAGUGUUAAUACUAUUUCAAUUACUAUAUCUCUUUCAGGAAGUAAAAUAUAGAGCUAGAAUCAAAGUAAAUUUUAUUAAAUAGUACUUAGCAUGUAUUAUACCCUCAUGUCUCAGAAUUUUACAUUCAGUUUCAGACAUGUUCGUGGCUGAAUGUUUGAUCUGAAAAUUUUUUUAUAUAGGUAGAAACAUAAUCACUAGAAUGAAUUGUUUAUUCAACUGAUAUUUACUGAAUGAAUACUAUAAUUCACUCAGUAAGUUUUGAGAGAAAGAAGGCUUUCUUUCAACAAUAAUUUUUCCUAAUAAUUUCUUUUAGAAUCAAAAAUUACUGGCUUGCUUUAAAAAUAAUUCAUUCAGCAUAAAUUAUAAUUUAUGAAGUGAAUUAACUUACUGUAUCAGGAUAAUCACAACAGCUGUGCACUGUGCUGGGGUCCACUUUAUACACAAGUCUCUCCCUUCACCGUAUAUGAGUAGACAAGUCCACAGACACCCUUUGCUCACAUAUUAAAAUAUUUUAAAUCUGGGUUUCUUAUUUUCAAAUCAUUGAGUUGAGAUGAUAUCUUGGACACAAAGAAUGAAUGUGGUAAGAUACAAAGUCAUAAAAUAAGUUUUUAAAAUUUAGCUAGAUACUCUCCUACCUAAAUAAGCAUAAGACCUUUAUCUUAUAAAAUUCUAUAAUUGUUUUUCUUUUUCACAGUUGUUAUGAUUUUUAUUCACUUGAUUUUGCCUUGAUAUUAUCCUGAUAAUAGCCAAAUAAAAUAAUCAAGUCCUAUCACCCUCUGGGUUCCUUAUCUGUAAAACCUCCUUUCAUUUCCUCUCCAAUUCUAACACUCUGAUUCUAACCCUACUUGACUUCCUUCUAAAUUUAAUGUGAGUUCAAACUGCAAAAGGACAUAAUAAAGCAAGAUGCCUCUUCUUUCAGCUGUAUUGCUAUUGGCACACCAGUGCAGGAGGAUAGAACCUUUCCUUUGAAAAAUAGUCUCGAGGCCACGCGGUACAGAACACUUUAACAAAGUUUUGCAUCAUCCUAAGUUCCUCACAUACUUGGAAACAAACUGUGUAGUUACUAUAAACUAGGGGAGUUUAUGUCCCUUAGGUAGAUUAUGCACAUGGAAAGUGGAGUUCUUUGAAGUUCCUCUGGUUAGGCUGUGGGGGAGACCGAGCUACACUCUUGUUUUGUGCUUACAGUUCUUCCAGCUCAUGCAAUGUAAUGGAAUAACCUCAUAAAUUAUGCAAUUUAAUGGCAUAACAACCCUGUAAAAGUUCUAUGCACUUCAACAAUGAAUUACUUUUGGACACUUCCAAAAUAUGCUUUGACUUGAGACUAUUUUCUCAAUCAAGACGCAGGGUGGCGCUGCAGGCUAAGAUUGUGACUGAGCCCUGGAAAGCUCACGUAUUCCUUUGUUCCAAUACGAAAUCAAAAGCUCAAGGAAGAAGCUUUGCCAGCGGUACUGGGUUACCAACGAGUUUGCAGAGCGUUAUACUAAACGGAUUUAAGUUUCAAAGCAACUUUGUGAGGAUUCCACCAAGCAAGAAAUCGAAAUUGAGUAUCUCGAGUCGUUUUUGGUUGCUGAAGAGAUUGGAUGUAAGCAGCUGGAUUCCAACAUGGAGAUGCUACAGAGAAUUCAACCAAACAGGCAAGUGACAGCCUUUAUUCUGGUGGUGCUCUUGUCUCAGGCUCGACCAGAGCCUGUUCGUUAUUCUGUGCUGGAAGAAACAGAGAGCGGCUCCUUUGUAGCCCAUCUGAGCGAGGACCUGGGCCUGGGAGUCGGGGUACUGGCCGCGCGCUCUGCCCGGGUGGUGUCUGACGAUGACCAGCAGCGCUUGCUGCUGGAUCGUGAGACGGGGGAUUUGCUUUUGAAGGAGAAACUGGACCGGGAAGAGCUAUGUGGGCCCAUUGAAACGUGUGUGCUGCAUUUCCAAGUGUUGCUGGAAAUGCCAGUGCAAUUUUUUGAAGGAGAAUUAUCAAUCCAGGACAUAAAUGACCACUCCCCAGUAUUCCCGACGAGGGAAAUGCUCUUGAAAAUACCGGAAAACAGCCAGCCAGGGACUAUUUUUCCGUUGAAAUUAGCUCAGGAUUUGGAUGUGGGCAGCAAUGGUCUUCAAAAAUACACUGUCAGCCCCAAUUCACAUUUUCACGUUCUUACUCGAAAUCAUAGUGAAGGUAAGAAAUACCCAGAUCUGGUGCAGGACAAAGCGCUGGAUCGAGAGGAGCAGCCUGAGUUCAGCUUAACCCUCAUGGCGCUGGAUGGCGGGUCUCCACCUCGGUCUGGGACCGUGGCCGUGAGAGUCCUGAUCAUGGACGUUAAUGACAAUGCUCCUGAGUUUGUGCACGCCCCAUAUGAGGUGCAGGUCCUGGAAAACAGCCUCAUAGAUUCCCCAGUCCUUACUGUCCUAGCUAGGGAUGUAGACGCUGGAAACUUUGGGAGAGUUUCCUAUGGCUUGUUCCAAGCAUCAGAUGAAAUUAAGCAAACUUUCUCACUAAAUGAAGUCACAGGAGAAAUCCGACUGACAAAGAAAUUGGAUUUUGAACAAAUUAAGUCUUACUAUCUGGAAAUUGAGGCUACAGAUGGAGGAGGCCUUUCUGGAAAAGGCGCCGUGGUCGUAGAGGUGGUGGAUGUGAACGACAACGCCCCUGAACUGACCGUAUCCUCACUCACCAGCUCCAUCCCAGAAAAUGCUCCGGAGACUGUGGUCUCUAUCUUCCGAAUUAGAGAUAGAGACUCUGGAGACAAUGGAAAGAUGAUUUGUUCUAUUCCAGAAAACCUGCCAUUCAUUCUAAAACCGACUUUCAAGAAUUUCUAUACUUUGGUAACAGAGUGCCCACUGGACAGAGAGAGCAGGGCCGAAUACAACAUCACCAUCACCGUCACAGACAUGGGGACCCCCAGACUGAAAACCCAGCACAACAUAACCGUGCUGGUCUCCGACGUCAACGACAAUGCCCCGGCCUUCACCCAAACCUCCUACACCCUCUUCAUCCCAGAGAACAACAGCCCCGCCAUGCACAUAGGCAGCGUCAGCGCCACAGACAGAGACGCCGGCGCCAACGCCCAGAUCACCUACUCGCUGCUGCAGCCCCAGGACCCCAGCCUGCCCCUGGACUCUCUGGUGUCCGUCAACGCUGACAACGGACACCUGUUCGCCCUGAGGGCGCUGGACUUCGAGGCCCUGCAGGCUUUCGAGUUCCUGGUGGGCGCCACAGACCGCGGGUCCCCGGCGCUGAGCAGCCAGGCGCUGGUGCGCGUGCAGGUGCUGGACGCCAACGACAACGCGCCCUUCGUGCUGUACCCGCUGCAGAACGGCUCCGCGCCCUGUACCGAGCUGGUGCCCAGGGCGGCCGAGCCUGGCUACCUGGUGAGCAAGGUGGUGGCGGUGGACAGCGACUCGGGCCAGAACGCCUGGCUGUCUUACCAGCUGCUCAAGGCCACAGAGCCCGGGCUGUUCAGCGUGUGGGCGCACAAUGGCGAGGUGCGCACCGCGCGGCUGCUGAGCGAGCGCGACGCGGCCAAGCACAGGCUGCUGCUGCUGGUCAAGGACAAUGGCGAGCCUCCGCUGUCAGUCAGCGUCACGCUGCAUGUGCUGCUGGUGGACGGCUUCUCGCAGCCCUACCUGCCGCUGCCCGAAGCGGUGGCCGACACGGCCCAGACUGACCCGCUCACGGUCUACCUGGUGGUGGCGGUGGACAGCGACUCGGGCCAGAACGCCUGGCUGUCUUACCAGCUGCUCAAGGCCACAGAGCCCGGGCUGUUCAGCGUGUGGGCGCACAAUGGCGAGGUGCGCACUGCGCGGCUGCUGAGCGAGCGCGACGCGGCCAAGCACAGGCUGCUGCUGCUGGUCAAGGACAAUGGCGAGCCUCCGCUGUCUGCCAGUGUCACGCUGCACGUGCUGCUGGUGGAUGGCUUCUCGCAGCCCUACCUGCCUCUGCCCGAAGUAGCGACGGAGGCAGCCCAGACUGACCCGCUCACGGUCUACCUGGUCGUCGCGCUGGCAUCGGUGUCGACACUCUUCCUGUUCUCGGUGCUGGCGUUCGUCGCGGUGCGGCUGUGCAGGAGGGGCAGGGCUGGCCUGGUGGGUGGCUGCUCGGUGCCUGAGGCCCACUUUCCGGGCCACCUGGUGGACGUCAGCGGUACUGGGACCCUGUCCCAGAGCUACCAGUAUGAGGUGUGUCUGACUGGAGGCUCCGGGUCGAAUGAGUUCAAAUUCUUGAAACCAAUUAUCCCCAACUUCCCACCCCGAGACACUAGAGAAGAAAUAGAGGAAAACGCCAUCCUCCGGAAUAACUUCGGAUUCAGUUAGGAAUCUCAUCACCAUGCAGUGUCUUUGUAACACCUCCAAUUUCCCCAGGGACAGUUUGAGAAGGUAAUGGACAGAAAUUCCAUCUUCAAGUGUAGCCUGGAAUUGCCUUUUGUGAUGUAUUUCUCCAUUGCCCUUUAUCUUGUCCAGUUUUGAAAAACUCAGUUCCAGGCGAUUGCAUUAUUUGCUUAAUGCCACUUCAGACCCCUGCAUAGUGUGAGUUUCGCUGUAAUGUUUGCCACAUUGUUGCCCUUUGUUUAGAUCAACUAUCUUAAUAAAAUCAAAUGUUAAUGGCUUU